AUGUCGCAUGCUGGUUCAAGCGCCGACUUCUUUCAGGGCAUCCGUCUCAUUAUCUUUGACCAGUACAAGACUCUGACAGAAGGCGGCUCCGACCCCGAGCGCGAGAUCAUCAGAGAGUUCCAACUGAAGCAGGAUUACAGCCAAGUUGAGGCUGUCGUUUGCGGCACCAAGUGGGAUGCAGUUGGAGGUGAGGCGUCGUACCUCAAUGCUCUCGUGACUGGACUUCAGCUUCCAGAUUGCGCUGAGACGCGGCAGCAGCUGGAAGCCAUCCUGCAGCGAGACCAAGCUCAAGAGUCUGUGGUGAAGUCGGCCCCGGCGGUUCUGCAGGAGCUCAAGAGACGAGGCUACAAGCUCGCCAUUCUCUCAAAUGCUGCGACUCCGCAGUAUACGCAUGUCCUGCAACACGAGGGCCUGCGAGAAAUCCUCGACCCAGCACUUUGUUGCUUCUCCUUUCAACUGGGGAUCGUGAAGCCAGAUCCUCGGAUCUUCGACCAAAUCUGCACAGCAGCGGGAGUUCCUCCAUCCGAAGCGCUGAUGGUGGGCGACAGUGUCAGGAGCGACUUCAAUGGGUCGCAAGCCGCUGGCGUGGCGAAACAAAUACUGCUGGACCCUGAAGGCAAGCACGUGGAUGUGGAGCCCAGAAUCCACGAGCUGACGCAGCUGCUCGAUCUACUGCCUGCAGCAGACGAAAAGAACAUCUUGUCCGAGUCACUGCGCGUUGUGUUUGCCUGGUGA